AUGACUCAAAUGACUCAAGACGAAAUAAUAAGUAACACAAAAACUGUUCUACAAGGACUGGAAGCACUUCGAGUGGAACAUGCCUCAUUAAUUUCUGGAAUAAGCGAAUCUAAUAAGGAUGAAGAAAAAACUUACAUCAUAAGAAAAAAUAUAGAGAAUAUUGAAUUGGGUCUCAAUGAGGCACAAGUAAUGAUGGCCCUAUCAUGUCAUCUUCAAAACAUUGAAGCUGAAAAGCAAAAACUUAAAACGCAGGUACGAAGAUUGCAUCAGGAAAAUGCAUGGCUACGUGAUGAACUUGCUAAUACACAACAAAAAUUUCAAGCAUCAGAACAAUUGGUCGCCCAACUUGAAGAAGAAAAGAAACAUCUAGAAUUUAUGACAUCUGUAAAAAAAUAUGACGAAAAUCAAGAUCAGGAGGAACAAAAUGAAAAACCUAGACCUGAUCCCGUAAUGGAACUUUUUCCAGAUGAUGAUAAUGAAGAUAGAAACAAUAUAUCUCCAACGCCUCCAAGUCAAUACUCAAAUCAAUCUUCGGGUUAUGAAAUUCCAGCUCGUUUGAGAACUCUACAUAACUUGGUUAUACAAUACGCAUCCCAGGGAAGGUAA